AACUAGUUACUGUACUUACGGAUAGGAAUAAGAAUAAGAAUCCCCUUAUUCCUCUUCCUGGCUAAUCUCCCUGGGGUGGGUUUGUACAGAUUUCUCCUCCCGGUAAAUCUCAUAUCUACCUGCAUUAUGACCAAGAACUCCCAGAUUCCAACCCCAGCGCAUAUCCAAGCUGACUCAAUGUUGGCUCGGUAUUUUGGGAAAGAGACGGUGAAUUAUUUCUCCAGCUCUCCUCUGAACCGUCUCUCGUUUCUGCGUUCCGAACACCCCUUCCUCUCUGCUGCCAUCAGGCACCCUGCCACGCGCUUUGUAAUUCUCAAGGAUCUUGCGCCGCUGACUAGCUCACCGUCCGGGUUGUAUUAUGCCAAGUACGAUGAGGUGCGAAAGCUUGUCCCCGAGACCAUCUACGACAAGUCCGAGGAGGAUUUGCUGAAGGGGCACGACUCGCGGAACACCGAGCCGCAUCUGGUUUUCCUCGGGAUGGACGAGAGUCGCAAACAAGAUGGAUUGGCCUGGAAAAUCUACUCGGGGGCACCUUAUUUCGCCCUGGAUGUGUCGCAAAGAGGUUCGGACGAGCAGCAAGCGAUCGCUGCGGAUAUAGUGAGCAGCUUACAGGCUCAGGGCCUGAGUUUCCUCGAGGCCAGAGUAACCAUGACGUUCCCCGCUGAUGACGCUGCGAUUUACGCGCAAGCGCGGGCCCUGGUAGACUGGAACACCCGCAACACCUUCUGCGGCACCUGCGGCCACCGCACGAUUUCCAUAAACUCAGGCACCAAGCGGGCCUGUCCUCCCACUGACCUUGCCCUCGUCGCAGAGGGCAACCCCGCCGAGCGACCAGCCUGCAGCACCCGUACGACCCUCUCCAACCUUUCCUUCCCCCGCACAGACCCCACCAUCAUCGUCGCUGUCAUCUCCUCCGACGCGAAACGCAUCCUGCUCGGCCGCUCCAAGCGCUUCCCGCCCAACUGGUAUUCCACCCUAGCCGGGUUCAUCGAGCCCGCCGAAUCAGUCGAGGACGCGGUACGGCGAGAGGUCUGGGAAGAAGCCGGCGUGACGCUCUCGCGCGUGGUCAUCCAUUCAACCCAGCCCUGGCCCUACCCGGCUAACCUGAUGAUUGGAGCAAUCGCGCAAGUGAGCGAUCCGGCCCACGAGGAAAUCAGCCUGAAACACGACCCGGAGCUGGAAGAUGCGCGGUGGUUCGAAGUGGCCGAGGUGGAGGAGGCUCUGAGGAUAGGAACCAGCGGGUUGGGAGAGAGCGCCGGGCCCCAGUAUAAGGAAGGUGGACUGAGACUGCCGCCGCCGACUGCGAUCGCCCACCAGUUGAUUCAGGCAGCGAUCAAUAUCGAUUUCCUUGACGGCGAUAAGAACUCAAAGAUGUAGGUAAGAGGUGUUGCAGAUUGCCUUACUUGCUUGCUUGCUUGCUUGCUUGGUGUGCAUUGUAUUGUCCUGUACUGUGUACAGCUACCGAAGCAGACCUAGACCCGACGUAGAUCAUGGCAGAUUCCUCAAACUAUAUAGAUAGACGAUACAGCACCAAAUAUAUGAAUUAUCACAGAACCGAAU